GUUGUUGAUUGAACUUGAAAAUUAGUAGAAUAGGGUGAAGUGUUAUUUAUUAACUUAGACGGUCUUAAUUAAUACGUCCAGUUUUCUACUUAAUUGAGUUUUACAGUUUGAAGAAUUUUAUUUUUGGACAUUAUGUUUGUAGUUUGAUCUAUACAUACUUAAAUCAUGUGGAGUCCUACACACGUACAAGUAACAGUUCAAAGAGCCAGAGGCCUGUUAUUGAAAGGCAAAAGUGGUACCAAUGAUGCAUUUGUUACAAUUGGCUUGGGUAAAGAGAAAUAUCAAACAUCAGUCAAGGAAAAAGCACCUGAUUCUGUGGAAUGGCAUGAAAAAUGUGAACUACAAAUCCCAAAACAAGGAAAUACAGCUGAGAUAAUCCUAACUGUUCUUCAUCGUAACUUUAUGGGGGUGGACGAGUUCUUGGGUAUGGUCGGUAUUCCCUUGGCUGAAAUGGAUGUCUAUGAGAGACCCAGAAAUAGGUGGUAUAAACUGAAAUCAAAGCCUGGCAAAGAGAAAAAUAAAGAAAGGGGAGAGUUAGAAGUGAAGGUGGCAUUUAUCGUCAAGUCUGGUAGUCUUGCAGAUUUGUCCAAGAAAGAAAAACACAAGUCUUCACUUGGCCAACUCUCUACUGCUUUAGGAGGCAGCUUAAUCAGUAUCAGCAGCUUGGACAAAAGAAAAGGUUUAAAGAAACUAGCUGGCAAGAUCGGUAGUAAAAUAGGUGGCAAGCACAAGAGCAAGGAGAAAGUUUUCCCUGAGACAGGGAGCUUGCGGGAAGUGAAUAAGUUGUCUCAUGGCCUUGGUGAUUCAAUAAAACCUUCACAGCAGAAGGCAGGUGAUGCGGACCCGGGUGUCAUCAGUGAAGGGGAAAGUGAAGAUGAUUUCACAUUGGACGAUCUGUCGCACAAGGGUUCAGGAUACUCUUUGGAGAUAGGAGAUAGAGAGCGAGACAAUUACUCGGUUGCUACCCACUCUUCACCAAACAGUGGAUCCCUGGAGAAUCUGGCUGGAGGAGAGUUCUUGCGUAGGUCGGAUACCUUGCCACCUGCCAAGCCUCCACGUAUAAUCAAUCCACCACCAGAGCCCGUACUAGAUGAAUGGGAGCAAAAGCUGUAUGGCAAGUAUGGCAAGGAAGGAAUGAAUGUGGAGCCUACAAGCACACUUCAAAGAAGAAUGAACGCCUUCAAUCCUCUAUUGUCUUCUACCCCUGCUCAUGGGGAUCCUCCCCCCAAACUUCCUCCAGUGGCUACUCCAUCUCCUGGUACUCCACCUAUACCCCCUUUUACCUUUGGUCAUUUGUCCAAUACAAUUGUAGCUUCAGCAUCUGUGGAAGAACUUAGCACUGUCUCUGAAGAUAAACCUUCCCAAGAUUUCAAGAAAACUUCUACCUUGUCAAUUCCAAGUAAGACCUCCUCCUUGAAGAGCUCCAUGGAGAGGAUCAUAAUUGGAGGUGAAACUGAAUCAGUCAUCAGUCACAGGAACAACUCCAGCAAAUAUUCUUCAGAAGUUUUGAAAAAAAUUGAUGGAAAAUCACGAGAGGAAUUGAUUGAUAUGGUAAUGGACCUCCAACAGCAAAAGAGAGACUUGGAAGACUAUUUGGACCAGUUGCUGUUGAGAGUAAUGGAGACAUCCCCACGCAUAUUGCAGAACCCAUACAUGAACUGUAAAACACAAGCUAAGAUUACGUAGAUUGUGCAGAUUUUGAAAUUAAUAUGCAAAAGAUGGUCAAUUGCCUUAUGAAUGUUCUAUUUUCUCCAUGUUUACUAGUUCAUAUACUACUUUGCAAUGUGUCAUAUUUUAUAAUACCUGAAAAAUAUCCUGUUUCUAAUAUUCAUAAUAUUCUUGUUCUAAUGUUUCAGUUAAUUAAUUGUUUACUUUUAAACUUGACAUUUAUUUUUUUUUUAUGGUUGGUCUUUUUAUUAAACAUAACAUAGUUUUUUACCAUAAUUCAUUGUACAUUUGUAAAAUAGUGUUGUUAACCCAUUUUAGAAUUUGUUACUGUUAUCAUCUAUGUACAUUUUAAAUGGAAAGAGGUAAAUCUAUUUUUUAUAUUCUUUACUUAUCUCAUCUAGAUAAGAGGCAGUUAUAAAGGUGUCUAAGAAUGUAAAGUUUUUAGUUUAAGAUGUAAUGAACAAUGUCUGCUAAACUAUUUAUUUUGAUCUAAAUAGUUUUGAGGGAGUCCCAUUUGGAAGAAUGAAGAGUUAUUUUUGUCGAAUGUUGAAAAUACAAUAUAAAAUGUAAGAUCAAAAUAUUUGUUACGGAAUUGGUAAACUGCCAGCCUGUCCUAUUGUAAAGGUUAAGUUCCAUUAUUCUGUAAAAUAAAAAAUAUUUUUUUACAUUAAACUCCUUAAAGAGAAAUAUAAACAACACUUACAAGAAUUGAAAAUCUUAUCAAUACUAUAUUUUAGUACUAUAUUUUGACCAUUUUAUACAAAGAUGUCCAAAGUAAUUCUAGGCAUUCAAUUGAAUUUUUCUUUUCUUUUCCCGUAGGACUUUUUUAAUAUGUGAAAAAAAUGUUUUAUAUAUAAAUAAAAAUACAGCCAUUGAAGAGAAUCUUUAUAGACACAGCUGCAUUAUUGUGGGAUAUAUAGUUAUAUAUUUAGUUAUAUAUUGGUAGAAUACAGUAGUAAUCAAGUAAAUGCAACUUAAAUGCAAAGGGGGCUUAUUUUACAGUUGACAGGCAGAUGUAAGUGAUGUAGGCUACCUUAGACUCGUCUAACGUGUCACCUGGCAACAAGAAGAGCUAUUGGUUGGCAUGUAACAAGUUAGGUUUAACAUUAUAACACUAUUGUUAAUUGAAGUGUCAUUACCAGAACUGUUGUUUUCCUGUUUCUUGUUUGUAUGUUGGAUGAUGAGUCUUGAGUGUCGGUUUAGAGAAUGAUUGAUUGAUGAGUAGCAUCAUUUUUAACAUAUACACCAUACACAAUCAAUAUUUUAAUUAAUCUUGAUAUUGAAAAACACAUGUUUAAUAAUAAAAUGUUGGUGCUACAAUAAUUAUUUAUUAAGUAACUUUCAGCUCAACAAAAGCGGUAGGUAAAAAUUUGUAUUUGACUAUGUGUCAGCACAGAAAACCUAAAAACAGAUGAUCAAGUCCAAAUUGUUAACACGUUUACACAUAAAUCUUUUACAUGGGUCAAUCUCCAUCACCAACCUCAAAAGAUUGAUGAACUGAUGACAUGUAAACAACAAUUUUCUGCUCACUUCAACCUUUUGUCAGUCUGUCUUUCAGUCUAUCGUCCCAAACCUUACAAGAUAUUCUAAACCAUUAAUGAUGGUAUUUUUGGAGAGCAACAUCUAAUCGUCCAGGAUUUCAAUUAGGGCCACUUUGGCUUUUCACUUCAGGUUAUUAGUAUAUAGUUUUAAUUUCUAGUUUGUUUUUCUUGGUUGUUUCAGUUGGUUUCAUUAUAUUUUGUUAAAUGAACAAUUUUGUUUAAAAUUAACUUGAAAUUUAUUUUUUAAUCAAGCUCAAGAUAUACUACAGUAUGUAAAUUUACUGUUAAUACUGUUUAUUAAAAUUGCUAAUAGGAAAAUAUAAUAUGGUAUUGGUGCAUAAAGAACAAAAUUUGAUUGUAAUACGUUGUAAGAGUGCAUUUUAAUCACUGACUGAAUAGUGGUGUUUUGUCACUUUUUACAUUGUCGAGUUUGUUGAAUGUAUUUUUGUAUUAUAGUCUACUUGAGAAGUCUAGAUAGUGUUAUUAAUAAAGACAAUGAUGACCUGUCAAGAAUGUUACUUAGUUUAUCUACCUAUUUAAUGUGUUUUUAGUAGAAAACAUCACUUAGUGACCUAAUGAAAACAGUAAGUUGUAAAGUGGUUCAGCAUUAUUUAUAAUGAAAAAUAUGUUAGAAUGCAAUACUCUUCCUUUCAUAAUGUAUGCCUAGGUUAAUUUGUUAACCCUUUAUUAUUUAAUACCAAUAAAUUACUUUUUAAAAGCCUUAA